AUGUGGCUUGUAACUUUACUUCUGCUGUAUUCUUUGCAAGAAGUCAACAGUGAGGAUGUUGUCUCUACGCGGCUGUACUUUGUGAACGCCUCCCUGCAGCGGGUGACCUUCUCCAGCUCGGUGGGGGUGUCCCUGCCCUGCCCUGCGGGCGGCGCCCCCCAUGCCGUCCUGCGCUGGUACCUGGCCGCCGGAGACGACAUUUACGACGUGCCCCACAUCCGCCACGUGCAUGCCAACGGCACCCUCCAGCUCUACCCUUUCUCUCCGUCCGCCUAUAACAGCAUUAUCCACGACAACGAGUACUUCUGCACUGCUGAGAACCAAGCAGGCAAGAUUCGAAGCCCCAGCAUCCACAUCAAAGCAGUGUUCAGGGAGCCCUACACAGUCCGAGUGGCCGACCAGCGCUCCAUGCGGGGUAAUGUUGCCGUGUUCAAGUGCCUCAUCCCCUCAGCUGUCCAGGAGUAUGUCAGCGUGGUGUCCUGGGAGAAAGACACCGUCUCCAUCGUCCCUGGUAACCGUUUCUUCCUGACCUCAUUUGGAGCUCUGUAUAUCUCAGAAGUGCAGAAGGAAGAUGCUCUGUCCACCUACCGCUGCAUCACAAAGCACAAGUACAGUGGAGAGACUCGCCAGAGCAAUGGAGCCAGGCUCUCUGUUAUGGACCCUACGGAGUCCACCCCGUCAGUGCUGGACAGUUUCCAGUCCGGUGAGGUGCAGGUUGGGCACAGCGUGGAGCUGCCCUGCAUCGCCUCCGGAUAUCCGAACCCCACCAUCCGAUGGCUGAAGGAUGGGCGGCCGUUACCUGCAGACUCCCGCUGGACGCGGCGCAUCACUGGCCUCACCGUUUCUGACUUGAGACUUGAGGACAGCGGCAAUUACAUCUGUGAGGUCACCAACAGCUUCGGCUCCAAAGAGGUGACGGGUCACCUCAACGUCAUCGAGCCACUGCGGGUCACCUUGUCUCCCAAGAACCUGAAGACGGGGAUCAGCAGUACAGUCAUCCUCUCCUGUGCCGUUCAAGGUUCCCCCCACUUUACUGUGUCCUGGUACCGUAACACAGAACCUGUCCUGCCCGAUCAGCACUUUUCCAUCCAGGGGGCUCACAACGAGACACUGUUCAUCUCUGCUGCACAAAAGAGACACUCGGGAGCUUACCAGUGCUUUGCAACACGCAAGGGCCAGACCGCCCAGGACUUCUCCAUCAUACUGCUAGAAGACGGUACGCCCCGUAUCGUGGCCUCCUUCAGCGAGCGUGUGGUGGUACCGGGCGAACCGUUCUCCCUGAUGUGCGCCGCCAAAGGAGCGCCUCCGCCCACCAUCACCUGGACGCUGGACGACGAGCCCGUGGCCCGGGACCUGUCGCGAGUCAGAGCCAGCCAGUACACGCUCUCCGAUGGCAGCACCGUGAGCCACGUCAACGUCAGCAGCCCGCAGAUUCGCGACGGAGGAGUGUAUCGGUGCGCCGCACGAAACUCGGCCGGUAGUGCUGAGUACCAAGCGCGCAUAAACGUAAGAGGUCCUCCGAGGAUUCGCCCUAUGAAGAAUAUCACUGCAGUGGCAGGAAGAAACACUUUCAUAAACUGCCGUGUGAUUGGUUACCCCUAUUAUUCAAUUAACUGGUACAAGGAAGGACUUCUGCUGCCUGACAACCAUCGCCAGGUGGUGUAUGAGAACGGGACUCUAAAGCUCAGCGAUGUUCAGAAGGGGAUGGACGAAGGGGCCUAUGUGUGCAGCGUGCUGAUCCAACCACAGCUGUUCAUCACGCAGACUGUUUAUGUCACUGUCAAAGUUCCUCCACUGAUCCAGCCAUUUGACUUCCCCCCGACUUCCAUCGGCAAAUUGAUGUACAUCGCCUGUGUGGUGUCGUCUGGAGACAUGCCCAUACGCAUCACGUGGCGCAAGGACGGCCAGGAGAUCGUGCCCUCCUCGGGCAUCACCAUCGACACAAAGGAAUUCAUGAGCUCCCUCCAGAUAUCCAAAGUGUCACUCAAACACAAUGGCAACUACACCUGCAUUGCCAGCAACGAUGCUGCCACUGUCAGCACAGAGAGACAGCUCACAGUUACAGUGCCUCCUCGGUUUGUGGUGCAACCCAACAACCAGGAUGGGAUCUAUGGGAAGGCAGGAAUCCUAAACUGUUCUGUUGAUGGAUACCCUCCUCCUAAGGUCAUGUGGAAGCAUGCCAAAGGUACACUAGCGGGUAUUGGGAACCCACAACAGUACCACCCUGUGCCUCUGACGGGCCGUAUUCAGAUCAUGAAUAACGGCUCUCUGCUCAUCCGACAUGUCCUGGAAGAAGAUCGUGGCUUCUACCUCUGUCAGGCCUCCAAUGGAGUGGGCUCAGACAUCAGCAAGAGCAUGGUCCUCACCGUUAAAAUCCCAGCGAUGAUAACCAGUCACCCCAACACCACCAUGGCCAAGAAGGGUCAUGUGAAGGAGCUGAACUGCACAGCCAGGGGAGAAUGGCCCAUCAUCAUCCGCUGGGAAAGAGGCGACACGGUCAUUGACCCUGACCGCAACCCUCGAUACUCCAUUACCACCAGCCCCAAUGAAAAGACCGACGAGGUGUUGUCUACGCUCAAGCUAAAGCCAGCAGAGCGUGAGGAUUCAGUCUUUUUCUCCUGUCAUGCCAUCAACUCUUACGGAGAAGGACGAGGCCUUAUCCAGCUCACUGUGCAAGAGCCUCCAGAUCCUCCGGAGUUGGAGGUGCGAGAAGUCAAAGAUCGGAGUAUGAAUCUUAGGUGGACACAGAGAUUUGAUGGAAACAGCGUCAUUACCUCAUAUGAUAUUGAAUAUAAAAACAAAACCGAUUCCUGGGAGCUGAAGCACGCCACUCGUAACAUCUCCCCCACCAACAACCAGGCCAACAUAGUGGACCUUCAUCCUGCCUCCGUAUACAGCAUCCGCAUGUACUCCUACAACGCUAUAGGCAAGAGCGAGGCCAGUAAGGAGCUCACCAUCAGCACGGAGGAAGCGCAGCCUGAUGGUCCUCCCAUGGAUGUGAUCCUGCAGCCAGUGACCUCUCAGAGUAUCAGAGUCACCUGGAAGGCUCCGAGGAAGGAGCUGCAGAACGGGGUGAUCCGGGGUUACCAGAUCGGCUACAGAGAGAACGGCCCGGGUAGUAACGGCCAGUACAGCAUUGUGGAGAUGAAGGCCACUGGAGACAGCGAGGUCUACACCCUGGACAACCUGAAGAAGUUUGCCCAGUAUGGUGUCGUCGUACAGGCCUUCAACAGAGCUGGCACAGGGCCCUCAAGCUCAGAGAUUAAUGCUACCACACUGGAAGAUGUACCCAGUCAGCCUCCUCAGAACGUGCGAGCCAUCUCUGUAACAUCUGACGAGGCCGUGAUCACGUGGGCCGAGCCUCCGAGAAUGACGCUGCACGGCGUGUUGAAGGGAUAUCGAGUCGUGUUUUGGGCCGUCUUCCCGGAUGGAGAGUGGGGUGAAAUGCAAAACAUCACAACCACCAAGGAGCAGGUGGAGCUCAGAGGCUUGGAGAAGUUCACCAACUACAGCAUCCAGGUGCUGGCCUACACCCAGGCCGGGGACGGUGUCCGAAGCAACGUCCUGUAUAUCCAAACUCGUGAAGACUACCCCGGACCCCCAGCUGGCAUCAAAGCUGUGCCCUCCUCCGCCAGCAGUGUCGUAGUGUCGUGGUUACCCCCUCACAAGCCAAAUGGAAUCAUCCGCAAAUACACCAUCUACUGCUCCAGCCCCGGGUCAGGCCAACCGCUGCCAAGCGAGUACGAAGCCAAUCCAGAGCUGCUGUUUUACCGAAUCACCCAUCUCAACCACCGGCAGCAGUACCUGAUCUGGGCUGCAGCCGUCACCACUGCAGGCCGGGGUAACUUCAGUGAUAAGGUCACCGUGGAGCCAGCGGCCAAGGCUCCUGCUAAAAUCCUGUCAUUUGGGGGCACAGUGACCACUCCUUGGAUGAAAGAGGUGCGACUGCCCUGUAGCUCAGUGGGAGAACCUACACCAACUAUAAAAUGGACCAAAGACAGUGAGGACACAGCCAUCCCAGUAUCUCUAGAUGGACAGCGUCUCAUUCUGGCCAAUGGGACUCUGGUGCUGCGCUCUGUCAAAGCUGAAGAUUCUGGUUACUACACCUGCACAGCCACCAACACGCUGGGCUUCGACACUAUUAUCGUCAACCUUUUAGUACAAGUUCCUCCAGACCAGCCUCGUCUAACCGUCUCCACAACCUCCACCUCUUCCAUCACUCUGGCCUGGAUACCGGGAGACAACGGAGGCAGCUCCAUCAGAGGUUUUGUGCUGCAGUACUCAGUAGACAACACAGAGGAAUGGAAAGAUGUUUUCAUCAGCUCCAGCGAGCGCUCCUUCAAAUUGGACAACCUGCGCUGUGGGACCUGGUAUAAAGUCAAGCUAGCUGCCAAGAACAGUGUUGGAGCCGGACGCAUCAGUGAGAUCAUAGAGGCAAAAACCCAUGGACGAGAGCCCCAGUUCAACAAAGAUCAGCCUGUCUUCACCCACAUCAAUUCAAGUCACGCCCGCCUCAACCUGCAGGGUUGGGCCAGCGGAGGCUGUCCAAUCAGCGCCGUUACACUCGAGUUUAGACCAAAAGGUACGUGGACAUGGCAGAGUGUGCGUACCAAUGCCACCACAGAUGUGUUCCUGGCAGAGCUGCGUGAGGCCACCUGGUAUGAGCUGAAGAUGAAAGCGUGCAACAGCGCUGGCUGUGGAAACCAGAGCUCCCAGUUUGCAACACUGGACUAUAAUGGAAGCACAAUUCCUCCAAUUAAAUCUCCCCUGGAAAAGAACGACGAUGUCAAGAAGCUGUUUUCUAUCGGCUGCCCUGUGAUCUUGGUCACUCUUGGUGUUGCACUGCUCUUCAUCAUUCGCAAGAAACGCAAAGAAAAGAGGCUGAAGAGACUAAGAGAUGCCAAAAGCCUGGCAGAGAUGCUGAUCAGUAAAAACAACCGCAGCUUUGACACCCCAGUUAAAGGACCUCCUCAGGGCCCACGGUUACACAUCGACAUCCCCAGAGUGCAGCUGCUAAUUGAGGACAAAGAAGGCAUCAAGCAAAUUGGCGAGGACAAGGCCACUAUCCCUGUGACGGACACAGAGUUCAACCAAACUGGGAAUCCUCAGAGCUUCUGCACUGGUGUGUCUGUCCAUCAUCCUGCCCUCAUCCAGAACACCGGACCUUUGAUCGACAUGUCUGACAUCAGACCAGGAACCAACCCAGUGUCGAGGAAGAGUGUUAAGUCAGCCCACAGCAUCAGGAACCGCUACUCCAGUCAGUGGACUCUGACCAAGUGCCAGGCGUCUACGCCAGCCCGAACUCUCACCUCAGACUGGCGCACAGUUGGCUCCCAGCAUGGCAUCACUGUCACAGAGAGUGACAGCUACAGUGCCAGCCUCUCACAGGACACAGAUAAGGGACGCAACAGCAUGGUGUCGACAGAGAGCGCCUCCUCCACCUACGAGGAGCUGGCAAGAGCGUACGAGCAUGCCAAGCUGGAGGAACACCUGCAACAUGCCAAAUUUGAGAUUACAGAGUGCUUUAUCUCUGACAGCUCAUCUGAUCAGAUGACUACAGGUACCAAUGACAAUGCAGACAGCAUGACGUCCAUGAGCACACCGUCAGAACCAGGUAUCUGCCGUUUCACUGCCUCGCCACCCAAACCCCAGGACUAUGACCGUGGCAAGAAUGUAGCUGUGCCCAUUCCACACCGCGCCAAGAGUGACUACUGCAACCUACCCCUCUACAUGAAGUCAGAUCCCUUUUUCCGAAAGCAGUCAGAGCAUCAUGACCCAUGUCCAGUGGUUCCACCACGUGAAGCCUCUAUUCGUGGCCUGGCCCAACGGGCAUACCACACCCAGGGCCGUCAUGUGACUAUGGACUCUGCGAAGCAGCAGGCCCUAACUAUGGGCCACUCUGGCCUGUCCAACCUCACUUCCUCUGGGGCUUCCUCUGGAGGAGCGACAGGAGGCGGUGGUAGUGGAAGUGGAGGGGCGUCUGCUAGCUCUAGCAGCUCCACACUUCCCCAGAGGACUCUCACCAUGCCUGGCUCCUCUGCCUCGGUGGCCCAGAGUGCAGCGGCAGCUGCUGCUGCUACUGCUGCAGCUGCUGGGGCAUCAUCCUCCGGUGGAGGUGGGGCAGCAGGGGCCACAGGAGGGACCCCUGGAGGUGCCUCCUCAUCUUCCUCCAAGAUGGGAGGAUCCAGAGACUCUCUCCUGGAGAGCAGCUCCUCGGGCUUAGGCAGACUGCAGAAGCAGAGGGAUGGAGGGGCAGGGGCCUACUCCAAGUCCUACACACUGGUGUAG